UGCCUGAGAGCUGGCCGACCUGGCCACUCUCUCCAGUGGGCAGGAGGUUCGCUGGGGCCCACUUGGUGGGCAGCCCCUGCUGUCAACUGGGGCACCUCAGCUCAGCCCAGAGCAGAGGUGCCAGGGCAUAACACUCAAGUUUCCUCUCCCAGUUCUCAAACUAAGAGGCCCAACCUAGGGCCUAGAAUUCUCUGAGGCUUGUUGGCUGAUUAGCAGUCAACAUGGAUCACCGAAGCCGACCUCGGGGCAUAGGCCUGAGCCGAAUCCCUGGGAAUCAGUCCCGAACCCCUCGGGCCCCACUCCCCUUCCACGUGGAACAGGAGGUCAGGGAAGGAGAAUGGGAACAACGAGAGCAACCUCGUCAAAGGACUCCUGCCCAUGGGCCGUCCGAAAGUCAAGACUUGCCAGACAACGUCAUGGCCGGAGCUCUGCGGGCCUGGGAGGCAGAGGAGAGGCCCCGAACCCGCGAAGAAGAGUGUCACUUCUACGCGGGUGGACAAGUGUACCCAGGGGAGACGUCCCGGGUUUCGGCCGCUGAUCACUCCCUGCACCUCAGCAAAGCCAAGAUUUCCAAGCCAGCGCCUUAUUGGGAAGGAACAGCUGUGAUAAAUGGAGAGUUCAAGGAGCUCAAGUUAACUGACUAUCAUGGGAAAUACCUGGUUUUUUUCUUCUACCCCCUUGAUUUCACUUUUGUGUGUCCAACUGAAAUCAUCGCCUUUGGUGACAGAAUUGAAGAAUUCAGAUCUAUCAACGCUGAAGUCGUAGCAUGCUCUGUCGAUUCACAGUUUACCCAUUUGGCCUGGAUUAAUACCCCUCGAAGACAAGGAGGACUUGGGCCAAUAAAGAUUCCACUUCUUUCAGAUCUGAAUCAUCAAAUCUCAAAGGACUAUGGCGUUUAUCUGGAGGACUCAGGCCACACUCUUAGAGGCCUUUUCAUUAUUGAUGACAAAGGGAUCCUAAGACAAAUUACUCUGAAUGACCUUCCUGUGGGAAGAUCAGUGGAUGAGACACUGCGUUUGGUUCAAGCAUUCCAGUACACUGACAAACAUGGAGAAGUCUGUCCUGCUGGUUGGAAACCAGGUAGUGACACAAUCAAACCUGAAGAUGUCAUGAAAGCCUGGUGGCCAAGAGAAGAUCUAUAAUUCCAGAUCCAGCUGGAAAACUGAAGUAUUUUGAUAAAGUCAACUGAAAAAUACUUCCUCACGUUACCAUGCUCGACAAUUCUCAGUAAAGCUCACCGUUUUACUACCA